GAUAGUUCAGUCGGCCUUUGGAGCGGAACCAGAGAGUAACUCGGUGCGGUGGCGGCCGUUUGUUGACUUAGCAGCCACGACUAAUUCUUGCGGUGUUUAGAGUAGCAACACUACUGUUUGCUUAAGCAUUGUUGGAAUCAUAAGAAAAAGACUGUCGAUGUGUUUUCACAAUUUUAAUCAAGCGACGAGCCAAGAAUUUUGCCCUCGAGGAAGGUGACGAAUUUGUCCUGAUUUGUGAACGGAACUUAGACAUCGUGCCAGUGACGGUCAAGAUCAAGGGACAGAAAAGACGGGAUUACAUCACGUAGACAGCGCCGUUAGACAGCUACGCCCGUACCGAGGAUUACUCCUGGCCGCCCAUCUCCGCCCGCCCACUCCUACCCGCCCACCUCCGCCCGCAUACACUUCCGCUAACUUGACAGUAUAGUGUCGCGGGCGCUUCUGUCUGCCGUCUAAGUUGACAGCGGUGUGUGGCCGGGGGGGGGGAAGUGAACAUUAUCGAACAGUGUGUGGGUGUGUGUUUGUGGUGUGUGGUGGAGCAGCCUGGGUGUCGAACGGUGUUUCUGUGCCCCUCCACCGCCCCGCAUCACCGCUCACAGCAGCAGCACGAACACCCGUCACCACCGCCCUCCCGUCCGUCCGCCCCUAGGGGGUGGCCGCUUGUCUGUGCCUCUUCACCCGGAGGUAAACCCGAGUCUACCUCACGGUAGACCCCAUAAUGCUGUGUAACCAUGUGUGAUCAAUGGUCAGCUUACCCCGUUAAAAUGCACACUCUAUUUGGCGACCAGCAGUCAUAUUACCGCCAUGCAGCGGCUACCUACCCGCCGGCGGCGCUGCAACAGAUGUCAACAAUGGGACCCAACGCCUAUUGCUACGACGGCUACAGCGCCAUGGGGCGCUACCACCCCUACGGCUACAGUCCCCAGCAACACCCCCCUCCAAAGGACAUGGUGAAACCCCCAUAUUCCUACAUCGCUCUAAUCACCAUGGCCAUCCAGAACAACCCGGACCAGCGAGUGACCCUUAACGGCAUCUACCAAUUUAUCAUGGAGCGGUUCCCCUAUUACCGGGAGAACAAGCAGGGGUGGCAGAACUCUAUCAGGCACAAUUUGAGUCUUAACGAGUGCUUCGUUAAGAUCCCCAGGGAUGAUAAGAAGCCCGGUAAGGGCUCCUAUUGGACCCUGGAUCCUGAGGCCCGCAAUAUGUUCGACAACGGAUCGUACCUGCGGCGCCGCAAGCGGUUUAAGAAGAAGGACGCAGGAUUGACUCGCGAGAAGGAUGAUGUGUUGAAGCGGCAACAAGAACAGCAACAGCAGCAGCAGCAGCAGCAACAGCAGACGCCCACGGGCUCUGAGGAUCAGCGACAACAGCAGCCCGAUGGUACUGCUGUAGGUAUUCCGCCGCAGCCUCCGCAGCAGCCGCAGGCGGCGCAGCAGCAGCAGCAGCAGUCGCAGCAACCACGGUCAGUAGUAACAGGUCAACAGGAGGGGGAUGGGGUGCAGGUGGGGGGCGGCACCCCCAUCUCCCCCCUCUGUCAGCCCAAAACAGAGCCCCAGGACUCCCCCGAUCUUCCCCCAGCCUGUCUUCCUGAAGUCAAGACUGUCACACAUACGCCGCCUCUGCACGCCCACACCCACACGCCGCCCCUACACAACCACACGCCGCCCUUACACGCCCACGGCCACCUUCCCCCCAACACCCUGCCCGCCCCCUCGGGCGCCGGGGGUCACGAGGGGUCAUAUCUGGAUGUGGGGUCAUCGUUCAGUGUGGAUAACCUCGUGCCGGGGUCGCGUGAUGUGCGGGAGGCCAGCCCGGGGGCUCUCCUCACGGAAGCACAGCAAUAUCGCUCCAAUAUGUACUACGACACAGUGAGUUAUUGCCAGUACAGCGACGCCCGGGCGCCUGCGGUGUUUCCCACUGCCGCAGCCGACGAGAUGACCGCCUGCGGCAGUGCGGCCAUGAACGGCAGCACGCCCGUAGUGGGCGGCAUGAGUAUGCAAGCUGCGGCGGCGGCUGCGGCUUACUCCCGGUCGCACUCCUCCUGGUACUCUCAACCCCUGGAGACAACCGGUACUGGCGCCGGAGGGGCAGACUCCGGUUUUCCGAACGUUCGGGACAUGUUCGAAUCCCAGCGUCUGUUGACGAAUCCUUCGUGUCAACUGGGCUUCCGCGCCUCCUACAAGUACCCAGCCUACUACGACGACACCGCCAAAUAUUGAAGACGACAGGACUAACUCAACGCAAAGAAGAGCGCCACGCCCACACCGCCCGCUGACAGCGGGUGUGGGCGUGGGCGGCAGAGCUGAUGACUCUUGGCGGGCGGCACGUUCGUUCACCAAGCUAGUGAAACCAAAGAGGGCAGUUGAUGUGAAGGGUCGUUUAGAACGGGACGCCCAUGCCCGCCCACGCCGUGAUCAGUUGAUGUGUUGGGUGGGGCCCCAAUGCCCGCCCAGUUGAGAUCGCGAAAGGGUGGGUGCCCCAUGCCCACCUACCUCUUACAAACACGUGUGACAGAGAUCUGGGGGGGAAGAACACGCUAUCCAGUGCGUUAAGAACAAGAACAAUUUCAGCACAGCUAAUCCCCCCCACCCACCCCCCUCUCCCCCUGUGUACGUGCCAAGAUAUGCAUGCGCCUUCAGCUACGUACGUAUAGACAACUUCAUGUACGCAUAGGACUUUCCUAUGUGCGUAUAAUGGCAGAUCAUAUUGUACCUCUACGACAGGCCGUUGUGUAUAUCUUGAUAAUAAUAUUUAACAUUGUAACAAGCGCAUAAUAUAUAUAUACCAGGCUUUUCAUACAAA